UAAGGUAAGGAAAAUGACAGAGCCAGGCAUCUGCAGAGAUAACUCACUCGGUAGCGAUUAGGUCGAUUUAGGCAUGGCUUCUAUAGUUUAAUGAGAGAAAGAUAACAGCACCCGCGGGGCAUCGUGCAAGAGUUAGUUCAGUCGACUGUGAAAUCAGGUUUGCCCACCCAAGGACACAAUUCCGCCGUACCUGUCUCUCCUGGGGUUAUGUAAGCAGAAUCUGGCCGGUCUUCGUGUCCGGUGCUGUUGGCGGCGAGCAGUGCCUGCAAUCCCGACAAGGAAGGAUGGGCCCAACAAGCCACCCAACGAUGAAAGGUUUUGUAAUAACUUUGGGACUUGGCGUCCUGGGAACUUGGUUGGUGCUGGAAUUCUACGGUGUAGAAAUUGAAAUUUCACCCAUGCCAUCUAGAAGGGCGAAUGCCACAGACCAGGAAUUGGAGAAGCAGGAUUCUGCCCACCCAGUGGAGGGGGAAUGGCAGUUAAACAGAACAGCCCUGUCAGAACUUAGUUCACCCAUGCCAUCUAGAAGGGCGAAUGCCACAGACCAGGAAUUGGAGAAGCAGGAUUCUGCCCACCCAGUGGAGGGGGAAUGGCAGUUAAACAGAACAGCCCUGUCAGAACUUAGUUCACCCAUGCCAUCUAGAAGGGCGAAUGCCACAGACCAGGAAUUGGAGAAGCAGGAUUCUGCCCACCCAGUGGAGGGGGAAUGGCAGUUAAACAGAACAGCCCUGUCAGAACUUAGGUCAGCCCCUUCGUUAACCGGACAUUGGGUGUGUGCAGUCUGGUUGGCAACAGCGACAUCUUGACUGGAAGCAAAUGCGGCCAGAAAAUAGAUUCCGGCGAUUUUGUUAUAAGGUUCAACAUGCCUCCCGUGUGCAGUCCAUACUUGGACGACAUCGGCAGACGUACGGACCUGGUCACAACGUGCAGGGAUAGAAUGAACUCCAAAUGGGGGCUUCUGAAGUCCCGUGCCGGCCGGGAGAAGUUCCUGAACCACCUGCACGACCAGUACGGGCAGGACACCUACAUCGUGUCGGCGCCAUUCACCAUCCGCAGAGACAUCGAGGCCUUGCUUAGCAUCUCAGAGUUACUGCGUUCCAACAACUCCUCUGUGGUUCCACUGUACAUCAGCCCCACACAUGCCAGACAGACACUACAGGCUUGGAGCGACCUUGGACUGGAUCUGAACAAAGGAAGGAUAAACUUUUCUUCAGGUUUCUACUAUACGUCUGUGGCUCUAGAGCUGUGUGAUCAGGUUAACAUCUACGGGUUCUGGCCGUUCCGUGAGGACAGGGAGGGCCGGCCGGUCCGAUACCACUACUACAAGUCCGUGGAUACUGGAGGGUUAGAGAACAGCUGGCACGCCAUGGACAAGGAGUUUGAAAAACUCUUACAGCUCCACAAACUUGGCGUCUUACAGCUAAUACAUGGAAACUGCAGAUAGUACGCUAUCACGUCUAUGUCAAAUCG